AUGAUGCUUCAUCGUUACUGCUACUUAAAAUCAGAUAUUGUUGCUAAUGAAAUUAAAUUAAAUUGUUCACUCAAGUUUAGAGUGUUAUUAUUGAUUUGUGAUAUAGGUAUACAAUCACAUAUUAAUAAUUAGUCUAGGCAUUUAAUGUACUUAAUGUACAUUGAUUUUUCUAUGUAAGGAUUGUGAAUAAUAUCACCAUUACAUUUUAAUGAUACUUUUAAUUAAUAUCAUUACCUUAUUUCUCUAAAUAUUCCUUAUGGUACAAAAACAAUGAAAUUUAGAUCUUUGAGUAUAAGAAACGAGUCCCUUUAUUUUUUGCACAUAAAUUAUAUUGGAUUGCUAAUUGGAUAGUACUUUUUAUAAUAGCCAUUAUGAUCAUAAAUUAAUAAGGUUAUUUAACUAACACACUCUAUCUUAUCUUAGGUAGAAUAAUCUUAAUAUCUAUUCUUUUAAUAUAUACACUAUUUAUUAGAAAACAAGACUUAGUAGAAUUUGAAGAUAUAGGAUUUUUUAAUAGUGAAUUACCAGAUAUCGAUAUAUCUUCAUUAGAUUAGAAACUGAGGAUUUCAACUUUAAAUAGUAUGAUUAUAUUAUAAUUUUAAGAUUUUUAAACACAAUUAUUUUAAGUGGAACUCUAAAAGAUUUGGAAUAUUGUUGACAAUGAUAUUGAGAUUAAAUUGAAUAUGUAAAUAAGUAUAUAUUAAUAUAGUCAUUUGAUUGAUAAAGAAAAAAGCAUGAAAUUAAAGAAGAGAGUCUCAUAAUUAUUUGAAAUGCAUUAAAAAUUAAUAAUUGAAUGUUAAGUAUAUUUUGAAUUACAUAAUAAUGACUUAAUUUAAUUAGAUUAUUUAAUUAAAUAAAUUUCAGAUAAUACAGAUUUGUAAUUAAUUAACAAUAUCCAAAAAUACUUUAAUAUAUUAAUAAGUAAAGUUGAUUUAAUAUCAAAUACAUUUUUGGAUUUCAUUGAAUUUCCACAAUAAGAAAGAGAAUUGUUAAAUGAUUUAAAAUUAUAAAACCCAUAAAUUCAUAAAUCAUCUUUGGUUAAAAAAUAAUAAAUCCAUCUCUCUUAUAAGAAAUGGGAAUUACAUUUACCCUAUAUCCCUUACAUGGAUGUAUAAAUCAAAGAGCAUCAAAAAAUUAAAUUACAUGGGGAUUCUUAUAUCUAAUAUUUUAUAGUAAUCAAAAUAAAUAAAUAAAAUCUAAUUUCAUAGAAAAGAUUUAGUGAGUUUCAUGAAUUGAAUGAAUAAUUAAAAUAAUAAGGUAUCAAGUAUUCAUCUUUAUUCCCAUAAAAGAGUAUUGGAAAAUUAACUGAAUUAGAUAUAGAAGAACGAUAAAAAGAUUUAGAAAUUUAUUUAAAAGUAUUAUUGAAUGAUAGAAACAAUCAUAAUUGUUUAACAUUAUUCAAAUUCGUUGGUUUGUCUAUAAAUUAAGAAACCUUUUUAUAGAAAUAAUAUUAUCGUAUCUAAAAAGAUAUAGAAUUAGUUUCUUAAUCUAUUGUUAAAUUUUUAUAAUAUGAAGAUAUUUUAGAUUAAAAUGGAGAUAAAUAUUUUAAAUAUCAAUUUUAAAUUAUAAACAAUAAUUUCUUUAAUUCAUUUCACAUUAUAUCUAAAAGAUAUUCUUAAUUUGAUGAAUUACAUAGCAUUUUAAAAUAGAGGUAAAUUAUAUUAAUUUUAUAUAGAGUUUAAUUCUUGCCAUUAUUACCAUAAAAAUAAAGUGCUUUAUCAUAAUAUGUUAAUCCAAACUAAAGAAGUGUAUUACUUCUCUAAUAUCUUAAUGAAUUGAUAAAGAAUCCAUAAGUUUGUGAGAAUCCACACUUUAGAUAAUUUAUUGAUAUUCCCUUCUUUUAAUUUGAAUCAGAUGAAAUAACCAUCUCAGAAUCAAAAAAUUAAUAUAAUCAAUCUUUUAGAUAUUCAAAUAAUUAUGAUUCAAUAAUCACUAAGAUAGAAGAUAUGAAAAUAAGAUUAUGGGAUUGA